CUUCUUUCUAAUAAUAAUCAUCUGAGAAAUCCCUUGAAAAUGUAAUUGAUAUUUUUUAUUUCUUAUUUUGAAGUAGAAGAAAUAAAUAGAGUUCUUUCUAAAUGGAAGAAGAUUCAAUUAUAAUUAUUGUUUUAUUUGGAGUUAUUUUGUGGACAACACUUUUUUUGUUAAUAAGAAAGGCUUUUCCAAAACAUUCAUUUGAUUUUUGCAAUCGUUUGGUUUCUACAAUUCAUGCUUCUUUAGCAGUGACUUUGGCUUCUCUAUCUGUUCAAGAUUGGAGUUGUCCUGUUUGUCCUGUGGCUUCAAAAUCUUCUCCCCAACAGAGGAAGGCACUUGCAGUGACAGCAGCCUAUCUUAUUUAUGAUUUUGUAUGUUGCCUCUUUGACAAACAAGUGAGGAUUGAUAACUUGGUUCAUCAUUUGGUGUGUAUUGUUGGAAUUGGAGCUGGCUUUGCUUAUAAAUUGUGUGGUUCAGAAAUGGUUGCUGCAUUGUGGAUAACAGAGAUUUCAAGUCCAUUUCUUCAUCUAAGGGAGAUUCUCAAAGAACUUGGAUACAUAGACACUGAUCUUAACUUUGCUGCUGAUGUUUUAUUUGCAGUCAUCUUUUCCAUUGCUAGGAUGAUAGGAGGACCAUAUCUCAGUUAUGUAACUCUUUCUGCUGUUAAUCCAAUCAUUAUAAAGGUCAUGGCUUUGGGGCUGCAAUUUGUCAGUGUUUUCUGGUUCUACAAGAUUGUGAGGAUGGUGAUCUACAAAUUGUCAAGAAGGACAAAAUCUGGAACUGUACAUCUUUCAAAGAAAUAAUUUGUUGACUAUAUAUUUUGUUGGCAUAAGACAUAUGUAUGCCCUUUAAUUUGGUUUCAUUUCAUAUUUAUGCCUUCCAACUUUGGGUGUGCACAAGUAUGCAUUUAAAUUUGUAUAAAAUUAAACAAGUAGACACACAUAUCCUACGUGGCAGAAUACACAUAGGAUGCCACUUAGGACACAAAAUUGUCAUGCAGAAUGUCAUGUAGGAUGAAUGUGUCUAUUUGUUCAAGUUUUGAAUGGUUAAAGUGUCCAUUUAUGCACUAGUAAAAUUAGAGGUUAUAGUUGUUAGCUGAAAUCAAAUUAAGAGUUAUAUUUAUGUAUUAUGCCUAUUUUGUUCUUGUGAUAUAUGAUUCAAUAUAUUUAGGCAUAAUACAUAAAUAUGCCCUUUAA